GAAGCGGGUCCACUACAGCUACAGGCCGAUAUGAGACAGUGAGAGCGCAGCAGAAGCAGAACCAGAACCGGAAUCAUCUGCGAUCACCAUGACGACGCUGCCUUAGUGCUCAGCAUCCGCAUCCUCAGCAUCAUCCGCGGCUCAGGUGCGCCGUCAGUGCGCCGUCAGUGCGUCAGGCAGGAUGCAGUUCAAAGAGCUGGUGGACACCGCCGAGAAAUGGUGCUCCGGGAAUCCGUUUGACCUGAUCUUCGCCGAGGACGUGGACGAGAGGCGGCUGGACUUCUACGCCGAGCCCGGGAUCUCGUUCUACGUGCUCUGCCCGGACAAUCUCACCGGAGGAACCGAUAAUUUUCAUGUGUGGAGUGAGAGCGAGGAGUGUCUGCCCUUCCUGCAGCUGGCGCAGGACUACAUCUCCUCCUGCGGGAAGAAAACACUGCUGGAGGUGCUGGACAAAGUCUUCAGAGCCUUCAGGCCUCUCCUGGGUCUUCCAGAUAUUGACGAUGACGCAUUCGAUCAGUAUCACGCAGACGUGGAGGAGGAACCAGAGCCAGACCACCAGCAGAUGGGUGUGAGCCAGCAAUAAUGCCCAGCAGAGAGGCUCCGCGCUGGGCCACAGUCUCUGCAUCGAGCCCUGCUCUCCUAACCUUACUCACCUGGCUCUUCUUCUUACAGUAUACACACAAACACACACACUGCAUCAUUACACCCUUUAAAAUCUGGACAGCUUUUCCUGCACCCUGAUUUUAACUCAAGUGAUCAUUAUUUUGAUCAAUAUUAUUUCUCAUUAACCUCUCAUCACAUUUAAGCAGAGACAAAACAAAUAUCUCAUUCCCAGCAUUCAUAAUAUUUUUUUCAAUAAUCUGGAGGCAGUAGAUUAGAAAUGUAUGUUCAGAAUGGAAUACCAGUGUACUGCAUACUGCUGCAUUGUCACUUGACCUCAUUAUGUUGCAUGUUUAAUUCAGUGGCAUACAGUUGUCAAAAUUACAGUAGGAUGUUUUGUAUUCGCAUCCAAAUUUGUGGUAAAAAAUGUGUAAAAGUUGCAAUUGGUAUCACGUCCUAUUCAUUCAUCAGAUUGGAAAUAGAAGGUAAAUGCUGCAUAUUUUGAUAAAUUCUAACAAUUAGACCAGGAACAUGUAUUAAGAAAGUAAAUGGGGUCAGUUCUAUUGAUUUCAUGUAGUGAAUCUAGAUGUCCAUUGUGGAUUUAUUGUACCCUUGAAUAAUACAUUUACCCCAGAUCUUGUCUUCGUAUUGAAAUGUACUUUAAAUCACUCUGAAAUAUCUGCUAAAUGACAAAUAACCAAAGCUGACUGCAAGUGCAUAUAAAGUAUCUGUGUUUUCAGGAUCAAAUUAAACAAGAUCAGAAGGUAAAGUCCAAAUAUCACUGAUUCAGAGGUGAUGAGGUUAUUGUGUUUUAUGGGUGGGUGAGAUGUUUAAACAAAUCCUCGAUUAAUCCUCUCUUUGCCUUUAUUGUCUUUUGAUUGUAUUAACAUCCUCUGAGUUAAGAAAGGUCAACUCGAGAGUUUAACCACAGAAAGGUCAAACUGUGUAUCUAGGUCUAAACUCUUAAAAUAAAGGUUCUUCUGCUGUUCAACACUGAAUCCAAUUCUUAUCAAGAUCCAUUUUUGGUCUCAUCGGGUUCUUGAGUUGAUAUAGACUUCUUUAAAGGUGCUCUGUAUGAUUUUUAUAUAUAAUAUCAGCACACACUCAUUUAAAGAUAUAGGGCCUAAUCAUAAACUCGGCGCAAUGCAACGGCAGGCACAAUGCAAGUGUUUUUUGCAAGUUUCAGUCUGAUGCAGUUAUCAUUUUCACAUCCAGUGCCACGUUGCUUAAAUAGCAAAUGCACUUGUGCAGACAUGCUGGUCUGAAAACGAGGUGUGUUCAGGUGCAUUGUUGGUGCGUUGCUAUUUUGACGCAAGUGAAAACGAUUGCACCUUUGACCAAAUAAAACCUGGUCUAAAGUCAAUGGUGCAGUAUUUUUUUUUAUAAGGGGCGUGUUGGUAUUAUGCACCAAAUGCUAAAUGUUAAAAAUGAAAGGAUUAAAAUGUAAAAGAUUAUUAUUGUGUACGCUUUAACCUUCCUCUUUGGAGACGCGUUCAGUCACAACUGGCUUUUAAAGGGAAUGGGAGAUGAGACUCUGAUUGGUUUAUUGCACGUUUCGCCCCAAAACACACCCAUGACUCAUUAAGAGAAUAGGUACAACCUAUUAAAGGGUAAAACCUUUGCUAAAAACUAGUAAAAGUGUUUUUGGACAUGCCCUAAGUGAGUGCACCACCGCCAUGCGCUUAGAUUAGGGUGUGUUUGUUAUUGUAUGUAAGCCACGCCCUUUGAAACUUAUGCCCCUCCCUGCAUUUAUUAUGAGGCUGCGGAAGCGACCUCCCACUCCGAUUUGUAAAAGCAAGCUGGUGGAGUGCAGUACAGAGCUUUCUUUUAAAGGUGAACAUCCACAUGCACUGGUUUUAUAUUUGCAUAAAACCUCCUCAUUUGGCAUUGUUUAUAAAAGCCACAUUUAUCUUAAGUUUCGUUAUCUUGCUUCUCUUUUUUUUAUGUUGCGCUAAAGGGGGCGUGACCAAAGCACACAUUUGUUUUGAGAAGGGCUGCUCCCCUGAGGACCACCAAGUUGAGAAACUGUAAAAAAAACAAAAAAAAUUGUUGAUAAAUCGUAUAUAGCACCUUUAAAGGAAACUUAGAUUAGGAAGUUAUUGAAAUCAGUUUUUAAAGCACCAGAUCAUAUAUUUUUUUUUUUUGGCAGUUGGAAUUUUCCUGAAAAACCUUUAUUUUUAAGAGCAGGCAUAUAUAUAUAUAUAUAUAUAUAUAUAUGGGGGGGACUGCUGUGUUAUGGUCAUGUGACCUGAUGCAGCAGUUUCCAUGACCUGUUUAAAGCAUCAUUUAUUUGCUGUCAUCUCAACAAACAGGACUGCACAGACCGUGCCACAGACGAGGUCAGCAGAGGCACAUCAUGUUUCUUCAGGACAUACUGUAUGUGAAUUUGCUGACGUUGUGGCUGCUAAACUUCCACUGUCUUCUGCUUCCAUAGUGUCUUCUUGCACACACACAGUCUAAAGUGAAGCGUAGAGAUGAAUUAUACCAACAGUGUGUUACUCAGAUCAAAGCUGCUGUUUUUCUGUCUUUAUUUAGUUAUGUAACACUUAAAGCUCUGUACCUGAUUGUGAUAUUUAUUUUAUAUAACUGUUUAUUUAUUUGUCCCAUGGCCUAAACUUCUCAACGUUGCCACUUUUUGUGUAAUUUUAAUUUAUUUUUGCUGGUCCAUUUAGGUACGUAGCUUUACCUUUCAAAGAUGUAUUUGUUUUGUUUAUAUGUAUUCAUUAUUUCACCUGACUGUCAUUAUUGUGUAACAGUUAAACCUUUAUACUGGGUUUGUGAUUUCUAUUUUAUUUAUUAUUUAUUAAUUUUUAUAUAUUGUUUAUUAUUAGUUUACCUGUUUAUGAUUUAUUUAUUUAUUUAUUUACUCCUUUGUGUGUUUAAAUCCAAUUGUGGAUGAUAUUUCUGUCACCUUUUUAACUAAUAAUUUAAUUUCUGAGAAGAUUGUUCAAAUCUUACUAUGUGGUAAUUGGAAAUACUGUACUGUUAUUGAUUUUAGAUGAAUAUUGAUCAGCCUGUCUAGAGUCAUUUAGAAUUGAACUGGAGUAAAAUUCAUUUGGGUCAGCAUGUAAUGUAACCUGAAAUUCAACAAUUAAAUUUUAACCUUAUGAGUGUA